AGCAGAGUUCGGUUCGUUAGUGUUUUCACAGCAUUAGCAUUUAACACGUCUCUCACGUUUUUAGCUUCGCUUUAUUUGCGUCCAUCCGGGCCGCCGUAGGCACGCUGCAGGUUUUUCCAUCAUGGCUGCGUACAUCACUCACCCUGCGCUGUCCUCCUUAAGCAAAAUAAACUGUAAUAUUAAUGCAAUAUACUGCUUCAUUUCAUUCAGCAGGAGGAUUUCAAUCUCCUCCAAUGUCCUCUCAACAAGCGCCGUGACCACAGAAUCAGAAGCUGCAGGCCGAGGUGUCCGGGGUCAGCGGAGGUCAAAGAGACAGGCUGGGGAGCCCAGGACCGAGCGGAUGACUGUGGAUCAGGACUGGACCGCAGUUUAUCCCACUGCAGCGUCGUUCAAACCGUCCACCGUUCCUCUGCCGGUGCGGAUGGGAUAUCCCGUGAAGAGAGGCGUACCGCCUGCCAAGAAGGGCAACCUGGAACUGAUGAAGAUCCCAAACUUUUUACACUUAACCCCUGUUGCUAUUAAGAAGCACUGUGAGGCCCUGAAGCAGUUCUGUACGGAGUGGCCGUCUGCCCUGGACUCGGAUGAGAAGUGCAUGAAGCAUUUCCCGAUCCAGGUGCAGAGUAAGGAAUUCGUGUCCGCUGGAUUGUCGCUGCAAAACCCAGACGCGAGGAUAGUGACACUGAAGGUGAAGCUCUCCAGCUUGAAUCUGGAUGAUCACGCCAGAAAGAAGAUGAUCAAACUCUGUGAAGAGCGAUACUGCAAAGACACCGACACGCUCACCAUCACCACAGACAGUUGCCCGCUGAGACAGCAGAAUUACGAUUACGCCAUGUACCUCCUCACCGUGCUUUACCACGAGUCCUGGUACAUCGACUGGAUUGUGAUCAGCUUCUGAUGGAGGUUGAUGUGUUCUCCGUGCUCGU